AUGAUCUUUCGUUCGAUAUUCGCAUUUACUUUCAUUAUAACUCUUUUUGUUCAUGCAAUAAAUCCUUCAUAUCUUCAAGAACAUUAUUAUAAAGAAUUGUUAAUUCCCAGUAUUAUUGGUUUUGAUUAUCAAAUUUUACCUGUUGCGAAUAAACAACAUGGUAAUGGCAAAGAAAUUACUGAUGAUUAUUUUUUAAGAUGUAAUAUAUUUCGAAAUUUUCAUUUAAGUCCAUUAUGGUUAUCGCGUCGAACACGUACAAAUCGUUUUUAUGGAAGACCAUUAUGGAUUUCUCGAACUGGAUGA